AUGUCCUCCCAACAACAAUCUCGAGACAAGCAACAACGUCGCAAGUCUUCUCAACGUAACGCUUCUCCUCCUUCCUCUGAUGUUGACUCGUAUGUGGUGGGUGAAAGAAGACCAAGAAGCCCAUCUCCUUUCCCAAGACGCCAUGGCCCAUUGUUUGGUCCACACAGAGAACCAAUGCAAUUACGCUUCCCUCCUCCACCUACAGGCAAAACCACCGGUGCUCUUCGUUUGGACUUGAAUUUGGAAGCUGAAGUCCGUGUUAGUGCUCACGUCCAUGGUGAUCUUACUUUGGCCUUGCUCAGUUAA